AUGGCGUUCUCCAACUUCAUCCUCUUGCUGGCCUCGUUUUCAGCCGUUGCAUUUUCACAAGACCUGGGGUCUGAUCUGACCUUGUCCGCGACUGGUUCUUUGCUCUGCAACGAGACCUUCUCUGAUGCGAACGUGACCAGCAUCAGCUCAUACAGCCCUGGCGUGCCCGAGUUCAGUUCGAGCAGCGGAUUUGCUAGAGACAUCCACGUGGGCGCUACUGUAGUCGAGUCGACCGACAGCGUACAAUGGUCACUAUGGUACAAUACAGGCGGCGCCAACUACUCCAAUGACGACGAUCUGGGCUACGAUGUUUGUGUUUUCGUCACCAACACGCCAGAUGAGAACACGUACCUUCGCGGACAGUCCGACCCUGGAGACUGCUCCAGCACACUGAAUGCAGAAUGCAAUGCAGCCUUGACCAAUAUGGCCAAUUCUCUGGCACUGGGCCUCAUCAGUAACGCGACGCCUCCACCAAACUCCAACUUGACAGAAGGGAGCCUGAGCCGCGUAUGCUACGAGAUUGGGAACACAAUACAGAACAACUUCCCAGACGAAUGCAACGUCUUCUACAACGGCUCAGCCAUGGUAUCCGGGAGUCCUUUGUCCAGCUACGGCAGCUCGGUGUCCACUGGUGAUCCUUGUCCAAUUGUCGAUGACAGCACGAACAGAACCUUCGAUCACAUCCUUACUAUCUCCGGCUCCGCAACGCGACUGAACUACAUCGCAUUCAACUACGUCGUGUUCCCCAUGAUGAUCACAUGGCUUCCUGUGGCCAAUGUCCUAGCCACUCAAACCAUCACCACGGCCAACUCAGUGAUGGCGUGUCUUCGCGCGGACGACGUGCAGCCGGGCAGCGACACCGUUCCCGCACCUGCAGCACCCACACCUAUUGGUUCCGAAGACGAUGGAUUGACUGGAGGAGCUAUCGCCGGCAUCGUAGUUGGGGUGGUGGCAGGACUGGGCAUCGUCGCUGGUGCAGGGUGGUGGUUCUGGAGAAGAAGCAAGAAAGCCAAGCUGUCAAAGUUGAGAAGCAGCGGCGAGGACACCCCUCCAGCAUACGAUGCAGAGAUGAAGCAACUGCCUACUCCUCUGGCGGGAGUCCCAGCAAAUGCACCUCUUGCCGAGCUGGCUCCUGACGAGGUGCGAAGACACGAGCUGGGAGUUGAUCCUACGUUUGAGCUGGGAGAAGGACGCAAGCUGGCUCAAGAGAAGGCUUUGAAUGAACGGUCGCCUGUGGAGAUGUCGGCUGAAGUGCCUGCCUGGCGUUUGCGGUGA